AUUAAACCAAACAAACCCUUUUGGAGCUUGGUCUUAAAAUUAGCUUUCUCAUUCAAAAUAAGCCGGUUUUGGCUUCUAGGUACCUUUUGUUUCUCUGCAAAUCAACAGAAAUGAAAGGAAGAAGAACAGAGGAUGCAUUCAGGUUUCUAACUUUUUUCUUGUUUUGGGCUUCAAAAAGAAGAACACCUUUUCACGUUUCUAACUUUUUUCUUGUUUUGGGUUUGAAGAGGUGUUUUUCUCCUCUCUCUCUCUCUCCUCCUAUGUGCUUGGCUCUUCUUCCCCUCUUUCUCUUCUUUGAUUUCUGAUUCUGUUGAUUUUUUUUUUUUUUUAUUAUUUAAAUUUUGCCCCAAAAUGAUGUCGGUCAGCAGAGAAAGGCGGCAGCAGAGGAUCCAGACUCAGUUUUGACUUCUCAACCCAAUUCGAUUAACAUACAUAAGUCACAACAAUGGUGUUGAAGGUUGAUCUUCAGUGCUCUAGCUGCUACAAGAAGAUCAAGAAAAUUCUUUGCAAAUUUCCUCAAAUACGAGACCAGAUUUAUGAUGAAAAGCAAAAUACGGUGACGAUCGUCGUAGUAUGCUGCAGCCCUGAGAAGGUUCGUGACAAAUUGUGUUGCAAGGGUGGGAAGACCAUCAAGAGCAUUGAGAUCAAAGAGCCUCCAAAGCCCAAACCCCCUGAGAAGCCCAAGCCCAAACCAAAUCCCCCUGCAGACAAGCCUCCGGCUCCGGCUCCGGCUUCGACUCCAGCUCCGGCUCCAACACAGACUCCAGCUCCGGCUCCAACACCAACACUAGUUCCAGCUCCAGCACCGGCUCCUCCUGCUUUUGUACCGGUUUGCUACCCACCGAUGUAUCCGGUUGGGAUACGUUGUGGGCAAUGCUAUGAGGGCCAUACUGAUGGACCAUGUUAUCAUGGGCAUGGAAGGCCAGUGCCAUCCUAUGAUAAUUAUGGAUAUGGGCCUUCUGGUUUUGGUGGGGAUAGGGAUUGUUACACUAGUCGGUGUGAUUACUUUAGCGAAGAAAACACGUCAGGAUGCAGAGUCAUGUGAGACUAGUGCUUUGUCAUGUCCAAUUUUGAUUCCCUUGUUUAAAAAAUGUUCAAUUAGUUUUGGGUGUAUGUGGGUUUUUUAUAUAAAGGUUUUUACAUAUAUAUAGGUACAAAAAAGGAUCAAUAAUGAGGUUGGUAGUCUAAUGUUUGUGGCCAAAUGGCUAUUGACAUUCAGGUCACAUAAGAUGUAUGAUUUGUCAUUAUAAUAAAAAAGAAAGUCUUCAUUAAUCGUUUCCCAUUA